AUGUGCCACACCAGCUGCUCCGCUGGCUGCCAGGCUGGCUGCUGCUCGCCCAGCCCCUGCCAGUCCUCCGUGUGCCUGCCUGUGAGCUGCAAGCCAGCUGUGUAUGUGCCUGUGAGCGGCCAGAUCACCUGCUGCGUGCCCAUGAGCUGCACACCCACUGUGUGCAUGGCGCCCUCUUGCCAGUCCUCCGUGUGCCCGACUGUGAGCUGCAAGCCCACCAUGUGCACGGCCCCCUCCUGCCAGUCCUCCGUGUGCCCGCCCGUGAACUGCAAGCCAGCUGUGUAUGUGCCUGUGAGCGGCCAGAUCACCUGCUGCGUGCCCAUGAGCUGCACACCCACUGUGUGCAUGGCGCCCUCUUGCCAGCCCUCCGUGUGCCCGCCCAUGAACUGCAAGCCCGCCGUGUGCGUGGCCUCCUCCGGCCAGCCCUCUGGGUGA